CAAUGCAGAUUUAUUGUCAACGAUGACGAAAUCAGUUUCAUUUCAUUUAAAGAUGGAUCAGAUAAAGAAAAUGGCUCAAUAGAAGAGUGCAUCACGAGGAAUAACACCGUUUCAUUAAAAUACAAUAAAAAUCAUUCUAAUUUAGAGGAUGAAUAUGAAAAUCAAAGCUGGCAUCAUAUUCAUACAAGUUUAAUGACGAAGACUGCUGGUCACUGUGUCAGAUUACAAAAUAACCGUGCAACAAUAGAAUUAUCUUCAAAAGUUUGCAAUUCAGCAGAUCGUGUUCGUGAUACUCUCUUGCAUGAAUUAUGUCAUGCUGCAGUUUGGGUGAUAGAUUGCUGUUCGACAACGGGUCAUGGUCCAGCAUGGCUGCACUGGGUAAAACAGUGCGAGAAUAAAUUCCCAGCUUUACCAAAGAUAGAGAGAUGCCAUAAUUAUGAAAUUCAAGCUAAAUAUCAUUAUGUUUGUCAUGAAAAAUUCUGUAAAUUUUAUUACAGCAUUGUACGCCAUUCAAAAUCUUUGGACACAACUCGUAAAAUUUGCGGAAUUUGCAGUGGUCGUUUUGUCCUUCAAUUAAACAAUGUAAGAGUAGAUUUAACACAAUCUAGAAACAAUAAAUUCGCUAAUUUUGUGAAAAUGCAUUAUGCAUCUGAAAGAAAAGCUGGUAAGAAACAUGGUGAGGUUAUGAAGAUUCUUUCGCGAUGUUUUAAAGAGGUAUUUUUUGCCUAA